UAUUUUCGGAAUUUAAGUUGCGGUCACACCGCAACAAUUGCUCACAAAAACAAUGUGAAAACGAAAUUUGUGUUGAAUGGUUGUUGUGUCGCGUCGCGAGUGUCGCAAAUUCGGAGAAUUUUCUACCCACAUCUAUUGCAAAUGCCAAACGACUAAGCAAUAUCUUUUGCCAAUUUCAAGAUCAAUUGCAACCGCGCGCUGCACCAGCCGAUUAGAGAAAUAAUAUCGACUAGUGCUAAAGCAGCUACCUUUCCGGGCCUCUCUCAUAAUCUACCGCAGUGAAGCUAAACGCCACCAACAACAAAAGGAAAAAACAACAGCAAAAUUUGCCGUCAUCGGAGUAAUUACCUUAAAUAGUUUGUAAACGCCAUGUCCGACACGGGCAAAUCAAAUAAUAAUGCCGCCAGCUCGGGGAGUGCUGCAGGUGAGGCCGGCGACAUCACUCCUAUUCCCACACCGACAACGACAACACGCAGCAGCAGCAGCAAUCACAACAACAACAACAGCAGCAAAUUGAAAUCCACACAAAACAGCAGCGGAGGUAGCGGCAGCAUAGACAAACUAUCACCGGAUCAGGAUAUUUAUAUCAAUGCAGCCGACGGCUUACCCAGCCAGCAUCCAACGUUGCCACCGGAGGGGGAUGUGGAUAGCGAAACGGAGCCGGAGGUGGAUGCUGAUUCGUUUGAUGAUUUGCCCACAUCGAUAAUUGUGACCAACAUACACUCGGAGGUGUUUGCCAAUCCGGAAUUGAAGCAUGCCAUGGAGGAGCUAUUUCGCUCAUUCAGCGAAUCGGCAACUUUUCAAUGGUUGCGCAGUUUCCGCAGGCUGCGUGUGAACUAUGACAAUGCUAUUGCAGCUGCUAAUGCACGCAUCAAGCUUCAUCAGUAUGAGUUUAACAAGAAGACGGUGAUCACCUGCUACUUUGCACAGCCGGUGACACCGGUGAACAACAAGAAUUUACAGCCGCCGGCGCCGGUCAAACAGUUCCUUAUUUCACCGCCCGCAUCGCCGCCAGCGGGCUGGGAGCCACGCGAGGAGGCCGAGCCUUUGGUCAAUCACGAUCUGCUUGCCGCCUUGGCCAGUCUGACGCCCGGGGAAUCCCAUGAGUUGCAUCCACAGAGCGAGGAUCAGCCAGCCAUUAUUGUACACACGGCCAUGCUGCCCGAGGGGACAGUGCCCGGUGGAGUCUCUUCUCUGCAACCCAAGGCGCCCAUUGUGCAGACCAAGUGCCCAGAGCGCGCAUAAGGGACAGCUUGAAGUUGAGAACUGCACUUCAGUCGGCUGAUGGAGAAUUAAAGAGAGAGAGAGGUGUCCAACGCCCCAAGCCCCAAAACACACUGAGCAACGUUUUAGAUGGCCAAUGUCCAAAUGGGUUGCAGUUGACCUGAUGAUGGAUGAUGAUUUGUAAAUGGGAUAAUCGGUUGGUCAAUUGGACCUGGUGACCACCACCUGGGGUUCUCAGCCUUGUGGUUGAGUAUUUUUUGUGUAAAUAAUUUUAAAUAAUUCGAUUGUGAUUAAUUUACAUGUAGCUAUGUUUUGUAUUAAGUAAUCGUAAUCGCUCGCUCACACAAUGUUUUUGUGGAGCGUUUCAUUUGUCCCCCAACUUCCGUGUGUAGCCGCCGAGCAUUUAUCGAUGAUGCAGAAGAUGAUUAGCUUAUCUUAAUGUGCGACAGCGCCAAGUGGAGCUGAAAAUUAAUUAUAGAUGUGUUUCUCGUUUGCAUACGAACUCGAAGUCAAAGUCGCGUUGUUUCUCGCUCUUGGUGUCUUGUUUGUGUACUUGUUGUAUAGCAUAAUAGUACUUGUAUCGAUAUCGAUGUCAGCUACUCGUUACUUGUUACUGUUACUGGCUAUUCGCUGGCAAUUCACACAAUAUCUAACUGUACCUUCAUUGUUAUGAAACUCUGCAUGUAUUUGUCUGUGUUUAGCAAAAUGAAUUAAACGAAACGGAAGCGGAAGCUGACGCAGAAGCGGAACGGAAACGGAAACUAUAACUAAAAAAAACUUUAUGCGAAAGCCCUCCCCUGUAAGGACAGAUAUGAAUAUGUAUGUUCAGCAAAUUAUAUCUGUGUAUGUAUAUGUAAAUGUUGAUCUAAUUGUAAGCCAGAGAGAACUCAGAUAUCCACAUACUAUAUCUGACUAUUGAAAUACGUAUUGAAAUCUAUUAGUUAUAAUUUGAAAACAGAAGCAAACACAAAGUUAAUGCAAAAUCGAAAUUAUAUUCAAAUUCAAAAUGAUGAAUGUUCUCAAAUGUACCAAAAACAAAAAGAAAAACAAAAACUAAAACAAAUACCAAUUUAAAACGAAGAAAUACUAACUCAUUUGUUCUGAUUUAUUUAAUGGGCGUGCGAACAGUUGAAUCAUUUGACAGUUGGUAUGCAUUUGUUUUGCCCUGGGAGUCUCUCGCCAAUUUAAUUGCAAUUAUCCGAACACUUAUUGAUAAUAGACACAAAGUUCGACCAAAAUUAUUGUGGUAAACGAAAUUGAACAUUUCUGCAAUCCGGAAAAAAUUGCUUUUUGACUUUGAAAAUAUUUGCAGCAUACUUUUUGGAUGACUCAACUAAGUCUCGUUUCAAGCAAAGAAUUUUCUGAGUAGAGAUUCCAAAAUAAUACACGAAUUUUACAAAAACAAGAGUAGACGAGAAACUGAGGCCAAGAGUGCAGGAAUGCUGCACUUGGAUGUUGUAACAUUGGCCCAGGCAACUUUCAAAUUUCUCAAUUUAUUAACAGGUUGAAACUUAACUAAAGUUGCUACAGAAGCAACCAUGGAAUGUGUGUGUGCGUGUAUGAGAAUGUUUAACAAAAUAAAACAAAAUAAACUUUGGCAUUUCCUAUUUACUCUCAAUGGUUUUGAGUGGCACCAUUUGCUCCGGAUCAUCGGGAUAAACACUGUCCUGGCGCGGCUUGCGACCAGCACAUUGACUGAACCAGGUGUCGCCCUUGCCGAAGUUCUCACCAUCUUCUAUCGACUCUGGCAUGGGUUUGUUCAUUGUCUCUGGCAGGAACAUGACCCAGAAGCCAGAAAGCAAGGCCACCAAGCCGAAUAGCACGGCCGGAAUUUUGGGAUCGAAUGAAUCACCCAACAGGGUAAUCAGUGGCGUUAAUGCGCCCGAUAGACGAGCCGACAUUGAGCCCAAGCCCAUGGCCGAGUUGCGCACCACGGUGGGAAACAGUUCCGCCGAAUAGUUAUAGAUGACAGCAAAGGAGCCGGCAAUGAGCAGCUUGCCCAGCAUAACAAUGCUGGUGGAGAGUGUGCUGCCCUGAGCAAUAAACGCAGCUAUAAUGCAGCAGAGGCCGCCACCCAACAUUAAAGUGGAUGUGAUCGACCGACGUCCCAAGCGAUCCAAGACAAACACCAGUGUGAUGUAGGUGGGGAACUCCACCAGACCCAUGAGGAACAGUAUAAAGUAGGGAUUGCCGUACAGCUUGCCAGCGCUCAGCGAGAGUCCAUAGUAGACAAUCGAGUUGGCAAACCAACACAGGCAAACAUUAAGUGUCUUCAUGCGCAAAUUUGGAGUGCGGAAAAGAUCACUAAGCCCGGCACUGGACUUUUCCUCGACGGCCGCCUGCUGCUUAGCUUUUUGCACAUAGUAAUCCUUGUCGACACUAAUACCCGAGCCAUUGAUGCGCAAUCCCUUAGCGACAAUUUCGACAGCUUCGGCAGCACGUCCCUGCAUCCAAAGCCAACGCGGCGAUUCAUCCAACAGCCACCAAUGACCGAUGAAGAGUAAGCCAUGCAGACCAUAGACUACCUGCAGCCAUGUGCGAUCCUUGAUAAUGGCUCCCCACCCAGCCACAAGCAUAAUGCCGCCAGCAAAUACAGCCUAAAAGUGGAAUAACGUUAGUAAAGUUGUCUAAAAGAAAUAUCUGGAUUUAACUCACCUGGAAAGUUAUACCGCACACGGUACGCUUGGUGGGUCCCACCAGCUCCAUGGUCAGCACAAAGCCGCAGAUAUAAGCACCUGCUGAGCCCACAAUGCCCAACAAAAAGCGAGCCACCAUAACAGAAAAGUAUUCGGGAAUGAAGGCGACACCCACACCGAUGAUCAACUGCAGCAGAGCAGACCAGCAGAAGACAGUUUUGCGGCCAACCUUAUCGGCGAGGCCACCCAAAGUCACUGCGCCCGUAAAGACGCCCAACAUGAACACAGUCUGAAUGAUGGAACCCAUCCAGCGACGUUCGCAGACAAAGUCCCAGUCGAUGGUGCGCGAUGUUUUGUAGUAUGUUGUGUCAUACACAUAUUUUUCGCAGGGAAUCAAAUUGCGGUCGCCAGCACUCACAUUGUACAUGUGGCACGAGUCCAGCUCGCCACUCUCCUUCAACGGAAUGUGCUCCAGAAUGUCGCUCGAAUUCCAUGGCACCUGUGAAAAGGUGCUGUUGUCCACGCCGGGAAUGUAGCAACGAUGCUCUGGCACUGCGGCAACAGUCACCAGUGACAACAUAUGCAGACCGGCUGUCAGACCCGACAA